AUGCCUCUUCCCCAGCUCCUAGUCGGUAAGGUUGCCGCCAUCACAGGUGGUUUGACCGGCAUUGGAAAGGUAAAUCCAUCCUACGCAGGACUGAAAACACCCGGCUCACCUCUCCAGGCAAUCGCUCUUGAAUACCUCCGCCAUGGCGCAAAGGUCGCCAUCAACCACCUUGGCGGCGACAAGGAAGCGCCACUCCUCGAGGCGAUGCAGAAAGAAGUAGCCGCGAUCACGGGGGACGAGAAGCGAUUUAUCACCGUCGCUGGCGACGUGUCGCUCCCCGAGACCGGCCGGGACUUUGUCGCGCAGACCGUCGCGGCGUUUGGCCGGCUGGACGUGUUCGUCAGCAACGCAGGCGUCUGUCGAUUUGAGGAAUUCCUAGAGGUCGACCCUCCUCUUCUCGGAAACACGGUAUCGACGAACCUGUCGGGCGCAUUUUGGGCUACCCAAGCGGCCGGGCGCCAGAUGGCGCUGGCGCAGUCGCCGCCCGGAGGCUCGAUCAUCGGCAUAAGCUCCAUCUCUGCUCUCGUAGGUGGCGGACAGCAGACGCAUUAUACGCCUACCAAGGCGGGCGUGCUCAGCCUGAUGCAGUCGUGUGCGGUGGCCCUGGGUAAGUACGGGAUCCGAUGCAAUGCGCUGCUGCCGGGGACGAUCCGGACGCAGCUGAAUGAUGAGGAUAUGAGCGAUCCGGUCAAGAGGGAGUACAUGGAGGGACGGAUUCCCUUGGGACGGCUUGGUCAGCCGCCGGACCUGGCUGGGCCGGCGGUGUUUCUGGCGUGUGAGGAGCUCAGCGGAUACGUGGUAAGUUUGAUGUGUCUUUGCGUGUAUAUGAAUGCGGUGCUGAUCUGA